AAUAUAUUUAUUAAUGUAGAAUCACUACACAUGGAUCGAUAUUCCUUAGGCGUCUGGCCACCAUCGGCAGUUUCCCCUUGAAACGGGGUUCGCUCGAAGACCAAAAAAUUCCACGCAUACCUCGACGAAUUUCUUUCAUUCCUGCGUAUGUGUUGGAUCAUUAUUAAUCUAGAGCCACGUGCAGAUUGCAGGAUUUGCGUCACAAAUUAACGCGACCACGAAUCGAUAAAAAUAACUCCAAGACGAGAAGCAGAUAAGAACGCGGCAGUCAUAAGAACUCCAGUCACACAGAUUUCUCCUCUGUCAUUGAGAAACCAUACACGUUUUACAUGUCUUCCCUAGGUAUCAAUGGCUGGUCGAUCGAAAUCCAGUACCGGUCUGAAACACGAGAUGCCACCGACGGAAGUACCGGUCGAAGGGGUAGGGAAAAGGGCAGAAAGGAGAGCAAUUUCGCGUGGGCGUUGGGACCGGUUACGUUUGAAGGUUGACGGGGUCUCUGAACGGCGUGGCGCGGCGCUUCGAAUUGAACGCUUGGAAUUUCGCGUCGAGGACUUGAUCCAAUUUAAUUAAACUCUUGUCGAAUUCCGGGACACCAACUGGCUCUUCGAUUAUAUUAGUCUAGUGUAAUCGAAUAAUGCACAUAUUUAUGGCACACGUAAUUUAUAUAGCACGUGUGCCUUAAAGCAAUUAAAAAUUAAUUAAACAAGUUGUUGAAUAGGCAAUUCUAUUCAAAUUUAAUAAAAGUUCCGUAGCAGUUCGUGUCAAUUGUUUCAAACAACGAAUGAAUUAUAUGAUUACUGAAAAGUUUACCGAGCGGUUGAUGAAUAAAGUGAACAAUUAAUGAGCUUUGGGAAGAAGGGCAUUGAGUAAAUUUCAUAAACUCGUAGAACGUGCGAAUACUCUUUUCCCUAGCUCAUUCUGUUCAUUGAGGUUUCAUCCAAUUGCUUACAGUGCCCACUUCAGAAAUUUAUGCUUCGUCAGAGUGUUUUUCAUUACGAGGGAAAAGCGACCGGUUCGCGGGCGAAAGAGGACACGGAGGCCGCGAAUCGAUAUCGCUUUCGGAAGGACCUGGUGGCCUAUCUGCGCGAAGUCACGCGAAUUUAGGGCGUGGAAUCGCGGACGAGCGAAAAGCUACGAUGCACCUAAGCGCGCGCUCUCGAUGGGACACAUUCGAUGGGAAUUCGAUUCGCGUUUCGCCCGCGGUGACGAUUGGUCAUAUCCGUCGUAUUUCGUGUGCAGAAUUCACCGUGACGCGUUUCAUCGUCGCGUCGAUGCAGCUUCCCGUCAACUGUCGACAGAAAUCGUGAUUGGAGCGAAGAAGGGAAACGCAGUAGCAUGAGACCACUUGCCGCGAGGAUGUCGGCUCGAGCGAAAAGCGAAGACCGGUCGUACGGCACGGGCAUUAGCUCGCGACCUUCCAUCGUAGUUUGCGACUCGCGUCAUCGACUAUUUGUGUAUCUAAAAAGACGCAGCGGAUACUAAGAACGUGACAGAGGUCAGGGAGCAAACAGGGAGAAAAAGAAGAAACGAGACAACGGCGCCUGUAAGGAAGUUCUGUCGUGUCUAUCUCUGAGAUUGAGUGGGCUGAAUAAAAUCUCUAUCGGCUCCUAGACACGUUACAUGCGGACAAUGUUCACGGAAUGAAGGCGAAACUAUCGCAAAAAGAGCUGGACGAUCUAUUCAGCGAGGGCGCCAGGUUCCGGGAUACCUCGCAACAAAUCCACAAGCAAUGGCAGGCAGAUUCGGCCCGAGCAUUUCCGACAGUUGGCACCGUCACCACGGGUUCGGUCUCGCCGACAUCAGGCGAUAUGUCAACCCCAAAUUCGACGCCCAGUCCAAGUCCUAGUCCCACCAACAGUCAACAAGUCACGCACAAUGGGGGUUACGAAGCACAACCGAAGAAUGUUAACACCAUUUCGAGGAGCAAGCACCAACAGCAGAUGCAGACGUCCUCGUCGGCGACGACACCCGCGAGGACGCCGGGCGUCGGCGCGGACGCGGCGACGACAGGAUCUGGAAAGGGUGGAGGUCGCGUCACAGAAGUAAUGGAGUUUUGUUACGUCACCGAGAGGAUCAUUGCUCUAUGGUACAGGGAGGAUGCGCAGGGAGUCCUUGAACAUGCCACCUCGCUACUGCGAGGAAAGCACGCUGAUAAUUAUAUGAUAUUCAAUCUAUCGUCGCCUGGCCGGGGACGGGAGCCGAACACCAGAGAAGUAGGCUGGCCGCAAGGACUCGCGCCCAGCUUGGAAAGACUGUGCGCUUUAUGCAAGGAGCUGGACUCCUGGUUGAACGGUGCGCCAAAUCGCGUGGUCGUUCUCCACGCAAGGGGAAGCAAAGAACGAUUGGGUGUGGCUGUAUCUGCGUACAUGAACUACAGCAGUAUUUGCGGUGGACGCGAUCAGGCGUUGGACAGGUUCGCUAUGCGAAGAUUCCUCGACGACAAGAUCGGAUCCCUGCAAGUUCCCUCGCAUCGAAGGUACAUCAAGUAUUUCAGCGGACUUCUCUCUGGUUCCCUAAGAAUUAGCCAAUCGCCGCUCUAUUUAACGCACCUCACGGUACUCGGCGUGCCACUCUUCGAACCCACCGGAUGUCGAGCAUUCCUCAAAGUCUACGAGGGCUUGAAACCCGUUUACACGUCGGAUCUCUAUUCCGUGACCAACGCUCGCGAAUUCACGGUGAAUCUCGGCGGCCUCCGCCUCAGGGGAGACAUUUUGGUGAAAUGUUACCAUAGGGUAUACUCGAAGCAGAGCCGGGAAGUUAUGUUCUCGCUACAGUUCCACACUUGCGUAAUUUCGGAGAAUGUGGUGUCGUUCCCUCGUUCGGAGCUGGACGUGGCCUGCGACGAUCCGCGGUGUCCUCCGGACAGUGUGGUGACUUUAUACUUUGCAACCGACGCAAAACGUCAAGACGGGCCGGUGCCGGCGCCGACACCAGCUGUGCCUCACGCGUCCGCCCACCACGACCCCAUACUGCACUGGGACAGUUACACGAAUCUCGAAAUCAGCGACGACGAAGGCCGGGAAACGCCAUUAUCACCGCCACCACCAUCAAGUUCCUCCGUUCAGACAUCGCCUCGCGGAUUGGGUUACACUUGCGGUCCUAUAGAUGGGUCCUUGUAUGCUGUGGUACACCAGGGCGCUGCCGGUGGUGCCCGUGGGUCACCAUUGACAGUUUCCAUGGAUAGCGGGAUCAGCAGUGCUCCACCACAGCGUCCUAGCCCGCCGGAACCGGAGCCGGAGAAUCAGGCUCAUGGUGAUCUCGACAAGCUUCUCCAUGAUAUGAUGCUCACCGUCGAGUCGAUGCCAGAUCCUCCGUCGGGGGAGUACAGAUCAGAAAGGAACGAGAAGAUGUAUUUUCAAGAGAACCGUAGCUACAGCAGUCACGCCAGCAGUCAUUCACCGUCGACUUAUUCCACGCUGAAAGAUUCGUACAGGGGUUACGGUGCCGGGAAAGAGUCCAGUCCUCCGUACAAUUCGAGCAGCAGUUAUAGCACGUUGAAGAACGAAUAUCGCGAUCCGGUGAAAAUCGAGCACCGAAGAGAAGAAUACGAGUACCGCAUGUCGCCGGACCGAAAAAUAUCCGAGUCGUCCACCGAAUCGUACAGAAAGCAUACGGAAUCAUUCUCACCACCUGGCAAUAUCGAUUAUAUCGACGAGGACAUCCCCUAUCACGCCAGGCAAACCAGUCAACCUUUCUCGUACGGCGCUACAUCGGACAUGAUCAAACACCAAAAACUCUCGUCGCCUUCUCUGGUUAGGAAAGCCUCUGUACGCGGCACUGCGCCUGUGGUGGACUUUGAGGACAUUCUCGGAGAAAAUUCGAGGAGACCUAUCAGCCCUUUGAGCCCGAACACGCCCGAUCCUCCGCCCGAGUUCGCGAACGGACCAGUGAAAACCAGCUCGGAUCACGUAGAUGGACUAUCAUGGCUAAGGCAGCAGCAAUUGAAACUUGCCGCGAGGAGGGACGAAAGAAGCCCGGGAAAACUUUGGCGGCAGGAGACCGGAAAUCGUGUGAUCGGUGAACUAAGAAGCUUGCAAAGAGGAAGGCUCAGGCAGGAUGGGUACGCGAGCGAUUCGGCCGUUCUCGACGACGAUGAUGAGACGUGGGCUGUCACAUCUAAUUCUGGACAGAUACAAUCGAGGCCGGUUCCGUAUACGUCCGCGCCUGCCAGUCCUUUACUUCCGCAACGAUCCAGCAGCCGGAAGUACAACGGUACCGUCGGAACUGGUACCUUAGGAAGACCUCGGGCGGAGAGCGUAAACGAGCGUCCCUUCAUGUCCAUGAAACGGGCUUACGAGUAUCGCAAAUACAACGAUAGUCAGAGCCCUCCGACAUCCCCCCGCUCAGGCUUAGCAAGCACGCAACCCUUAGGAUUAGCAAUGCAGCAGCAAGCAGCAUUCGUUAACACGGAUAAGCCUCAACCGCCGCGACCGGAAUCGCGUAGCGACAGUUUCGCACGUGCCGAUGCUUUGUUGCGCGAGCAUCGGCAGCAACAACAGCAACUGACGGCCAGCAACGCGAUCGUUAAUUAUGCGGAACCGAAACAAACGUUGGGUCAAGAUUUCACGGGUCAACAAUCGCGAAAUCGAAUAGUGACUUAUCAGACUCUGAAUAGAACUAUGGUGGCCAGCAACGACAGGAGCACCGAUCACGUUGACGCGGGAUUGCUGACCGUGGUCGAUCAGCAAUCGAGUCCGCAGACGAAUCCGGACCCUCUCGUGAGCCUUAUUCAAACACUGGCUGAAAUAUCACCCGUUUGCUCUCAAUCCGUGACUAACAAGACAAACAUGAACGAUCAUCAUCCGAACGUCAGCGCAGCAACUACGACCACUGCGAACAACAAUGCUGCUAACGCCAUCACUAAUUGCUCCCCUAACCAGUCGCCCAAAGCAUGGCAGAAUUGCACACAGUCGCACAAUGACUCGGCAUCAUCGUGGACCGAGAGGAGCGUCAGUCCCGGCAGUGCAGUGGUCAGCGGCGCUUCGAGGCCGCAAACGCCGGCGUUCCCGGUGCAUCCUCGAACGCCGUACGUGAACAAUUCCUCACCGACGGUCACGUUCGCGGCCGACCGUUCCUACAGCACGUCGAACACCAGCUAUAACGUGAACAACAACAAUAAUAUGCACAAUAUUGAAACGACUGGGAACAACAAUAACAACAACGUCGGGAAUUACGCCAACGAACGAACGAUCUAUAUCGAGGAACGAAGAGAAGUCUCGAAGGAAACGGGACUUCCACCCAAGAGUCCGACAACACAGAGACGCUUGAGUUUUCCGGCAAGCGGGUCACUUAAACAAACGCAUAACAAACGAUGGCCGCUCACUAACCAAUCGGCGUCGUUCGACUAUAGCAAGGACCGAUCUGUUUCUCCGAUAAACGAGUCGAUGAUGCAACACCCACAAGCUGUCUCGCGCAGUCCUGGUACUCCGACUCACAUCGAGUUCGCCCAAAGUCCUAAGGAAUUGUAUGAAGAUCCAGUGAUUGGUUUUCAGAGUGCCACUUCGUAUACUUCCAUAAAUAGCGGCGGCCAAUCAUCUCCUCAGGUCCAGUAUUACGGCUCGAGACGGUCCAGCGUUCAUUCGAACACCGAGCCUCAAGAAGUAGCCGAUGCGCAUGUGAAAUUUGUGCGCGACACCAGCAGAAUCUGGUAUAAGCCGAACAUAUCUCGAGAGCAAGCAAUCUCGAUGCUAAAAGAUGCAGCGCCUGGAACAUUCGUUGUCCGAGACAGUAAUUCCUUCCCAGGUGCCUUCGGACUCGCUUUAAAGGUGGCAACUCCACCCCCAGGCGCCCCGAGCAGCCCCAGGGACCCGUCUAGCGAGUUGGUUAGGCACUUUUUAAUCGAACCCACCUCCAGGGGUGUCAGAUUAAAGGGGUGUGCCAACGAACCAGUUUUCAGCUCCCUGUCGGCAUUAGUUUACCAGCAUAGCUUAAUGGCUAUGGCUCUGCCUUGCCAGCUGCUUCUCCCUGAACCGGAAGCAGCGGCCCGAGCCCUCGACUCGCCUGGGACGAACAGCACGCAGCAACUGCUCGCGCAGGGUGCAGCCUGCAACGUCUUAUAUCUUUUCACCAUGGAUACGGAGUCAUUGACGGGGCCUCAAGCCAUCAAGAAGGCAGUGACGACGAUGUUCGAGCUAAAACAACUGCCUGUCGCAACCAUCGUCCAUUUCAAAGUUUCGACCCAGGGUAUUACCCUGACGGACAAUGCGCGCAAACUGUUCUUCCGCAGGCAUUAUCCCACGAAUAAUAUCAGUUACUGUGGUUUGGAUACGGAGGAACGCACUUGGAACUUCGCCAGCGAAGAUACUAGCCGACCAGCCAGUACCCAUCGAUGCUUUGGCUUCGUGGCCAGAAAACCGGCGCACAAAUCAGACAAUCAGUGCCACGUGUUCGCCGAAUUGGAACCGGAGCAACCGGCCACGGCCAUAGUAAGUUUUGUGAACAAGGUCAUGAUGGGCAACUCUAUAGCGAAAGCUAACAUCGUUUAAAUCCGCCGCUUCGUCGCACGUGCUCGAAUAACGGUUUCAUUUUUGAGACCUCAUGAAAACCGAUGGAAGAAAAGAGAAACGAAUCAUCGAGAAAAAUCGAAGCCGAACGUCACUUACCGAAGAAAAUACCGAAAGACGCUAAAUAAUUGAUUCUUGUAAUAGGUCUUCGUGCAUUUCGUGAACGUAGGGUCGAGUCUGUAGAGAGCAUGAACGUUCUUCAUUAUUGUAGAAAUUAACGAUAAGAAUUGAAUUGUUAUUUUAUUGAAAGAAGGGAAACAGUGAGAUAUCGGAAACUCGAUUCCAUCCCCGUGUCAGUGAUCAGACGAUUCAGAAAAGAAUGUUAUUAUUGACGAUCGUUACUGUUGGUUAUUGCGUUAGCGUAUAAUAGAGUAAUAUAAAUGGUACACGGAGCGAAGUACAAUGAAGCUGGUCAGAACUUUACGAUUCUCUUCAUCGUAACCUAUAGACAGUCGCCUUACGUUAUAAGGACAUUGAAUUAACAACUGCUACUUUAUACCAAUUUUUUACGUCUACAAUUAAGAUCGUUCCAUAUUAAUUGAGAACAGAAGUAAAUUUCAUUUUCGAUUGAAUCUACUUCCAUGGGGAGUGAAGUUACACAACGCAAUUAUUGUACUUCGCUUCCGCCGGAAAUUAAUUACGAUCGAUAUGCACACGAACGUACUGAUAGCUGGUAGGCAUAGUUAACGAUUAUAUGGACCGUGCUCUAUGCGCGAAUCUCGACGAUCAUCGCGCAUUCGAAGCGCAAACUCGCGAGUACGUGUCUCGACCGCGAAAAGAGUAGUUACACAUAUGCAUGUACCCUGUGUAUCUCGACAACGCAAAACGAAAGCAGAAGAUAGUCGAAUAACUAUUAUAUAUUAAUCACGUUAUACUUGGGACUCUCGAGUAAUGUUUAUCGAAGGAAUGUUACGUCGUUGCGGAGUGCUUGUGCCUGAAUCGUGGCCCGCAAUGUUUCACGAUGAUACAACGUUACGAAUAAAACGUUCUAUAAAUGCCUGUAAAUAAGUUAAACAGAAAGUAAAGUGCCGACUAAAAAGGCACUCGUUCAUCCGAAGAGAAGAGGGGAUUGUGGAAGAAUAUAUAAAAUAGAAGAAACGAGGUGGUAAGGAGAAACGAUUCUCCAUGUGUCAGCGUGACGGAAAAUAAACGAUACUCGAAGAGGAGUAAGCAUCACAUUUUGUUUGAUGACCACUCAGUAGGUUCUUGCCAUUUAUUCGUCCUCGCGAGCGACCUCCUUCGUACGCGAAUCAGCGAAGUAGGAUCCCAUCGACGAAUAUGCAGUCAAUUAUUACGAAGGAAACAGUUACAUGUAAUUAAUGACAAUACCGUGCCACGAGAGGAUCCGCGAUAAAAAGAAUGAAAUGUUUUAUCGCAUCCUCGACGCCGUAACAAUUUUCUUUCGUUCCCCUUUCCGUUCUUUCUGCACUGUUUUCAAUGUGUCAUCGAGAAGAUCGGUUGGGAUUUUAAUUAAGCUUCCUAAGAUAAGAGAAGCGUUUGUUAGACACUGUGCUAGUCAAAAUUCGACGCGUAUACUCGAGCAGAGAGAAUCCGACGUAUCGAUCCCGAUGUCCCUACGUCGCGGGGCUGUUGCGAACCGCUCGAUCUUUCUUCUCGAUCCCUACCCCACCCUUCAUUUCGUUAUCGUGGUUUUGUCUUGUAUGUAUUAAUUUUCGUACAUGUGGAAAGCUGACUAACAGAGUAAUAUUAAUUUAACACCAGUCAUUAUUAUAAUUAUUAAUUAUUUACUUAUUUACGCUCUAUUAUUACGUACGUUCACGCAAUAAUUGUACCGUCGCGUGCUGCAACGGUACGCUCUUAUAGUUGUAACGAUAAUAAACCAUAUUCGCAGCGUAA